AAAAAAAAUGUUUUUUAGUGUUCCAAAGGUAAUGUGGAUAUAGUUCACUCAGAAAGGCUUAAGCAAAUCAUGGUAUGGCCCCUUUAAAACAUUUUUUAAUUAUUUUGACUAACUUUAAUUUUGAGUAAAAUCAUGCCUCUUCGUAUGGAAUUCGUGUGUAAAAUAGUUGGAAAUCCUCGUUUUUGUUUUUCCCUCUGCCGUUCGUAGUGGCAGACAGUGACAGGUGCUGAGAUGGAGAUGGAGGCAGGAUAAAUGCUCCUGUAACCACUCCCACCCGCUCCCUCCGCGCUCCUCUCUCCCUGUCUGUGAUGCUGCAGCUCCUCUCGUCUCUCCAGUCUCCGGUAAACAGCAGCCAUGGCGACAGUGGUCCAGCCGCUCACACUGGAGCGAGAUGUUGCAAGAGCGAUUGAGCUGCUGGAGAAACUGCAAGAGUCGGGCGAUGUUCCUGGACACAAGCUGCAGUCCCUCAAGAAGGUCCUCCAGAGUGAGUUCUGUACAGCUAUCAGAGAGGUUUACCAAUACAUGCACGAAACCAUCACAGUGAAUGGAUGUCCUGAAUACCAAGCGAGGGCGACAGCUAAGGCCACAGUCGCAGCCUUCGCAGCAAGCGAAGGUCACUCUCAUCCUCGGGUGGUGGAGCUACCCAAGACGGAGGAAGGGCUGGGCUUUAACGUAAUGGGGGGCAAGGAGCAAAACUCCCCGAUUUACAUCUCGCGCAUCAUCCCAGGGGGCGUGGCUGAAAGGCACGGCGGCCUGAAGCGUGGCGAUCAGCUUUUGUCCGUCAACGGGGUGAGUGUCGAAGGGGAGCAUCACGAGAAAGCGGUUGAGCUGCUGAAGGCAGCCAAGGACAGCGUGAAGCUGGUGGUUCGAUACACCCCCAAGGUGCUGGAGGAGAUGGAGGCUCGCUUUGAGAAGCUCCGCACGGCGCGGCGGCGUCAGCAGCAGCAGCUCCUGAUGCAGCAGCAGCAGCAACAGAACCUGAGCUCGCAGCAGAACCACAUGUCGUAGGGUGUUUCAAAAGAAGAAGAAGUGAGAGGAGUCGGCGGAUGGAUCCUUUCAGGAUGUGAGAAUCCCAAAGGAAUCUCCUUAACGGAGAAGUCAAAGACUAUUUUAUUCCACUUUCUGUGUCCCUCCCAGUUUACCACCAAUUACUGAGCAAGAACAGAGCAUUUGUCCUGAACGUAAAAGGGACGCCCAAAUCCACCCUUUUCUAAGUCCACCUUCCCAGCUGUGAAUUUUACCCAAACUUCCUUUUUAUUCUUGUGUUUGCCGUUUUUUUUGAUCAGUUUCAAUUUGCUCACAUCUGUUACGCCGUCAGCCGUUUUGCCAUGGAUAUCAUUUGUACAGUGGUGUUUCUAUCGAUUCUUCAACUGGUGCUUGUGUCUGAGCGAACAUUGAUUUCCUGUCCUGUUUUGGAUAAACUCUUUUUUACCUCCGAUAUUGUAGCAAGAAAGAAAAAAACAUUUUUGUAUCUUGUAGAUUUAGCAAUAACACACACAUUUUGGUUUUGACGCGUACAACACACACAAACACACACGGCGUUUUCUGGGCAAAUGUAAAAGCACUGUAAAGUAAGCAGGAAGGCAGCUCCACAAUCCAAACCUUCUGUGCCAAUCGAAGAGAUUAUUGAUUCGCAGGCGGCAUGUACAUUUAAAGUGCAAUAACUGCAGUUAUUCUGAGAAUUUAUUCAGCAAAAUAAAAUGUAUUUAGAAAGUAUACAGCUCUUUGUUUUGUUCAUGGCACAUGAACAGAAUGUCACCUCAUCGUCUGUGAGUGAAGCUAAAAAUUAUUUUUCAGAAAAGUUAUUAGAUGUUUAAUAUUUUAUCAUUCCCUUUAAAUAGUAUGUAUUCUUUAUAAAACAUACAGAAUAUUAUUUAAAAAUUUAUAUAAAUAUAUAUAUCAUGUGAAUUCUGUCCUUUUUUUGAUUAUUACAGUGAGAAGUGUUAAUAUUUUUCCCUAUUUUGUCCAAACUUGGAGUUAAAGUGGCAACAUUUGUGUUUUUAUCCUCGUCUUUAAUGCUUAUUUUUUUUGCUAAUGUUUCCGUCUUUAAUUCUAGCAGCCACACCAUCUCCAGCCACAAAAAUCUGAUUUUAGAGACAAAAACUAAUCAUCUUAGAAGCGCCAAAAGAAUCUUUAGCAGUGAAUGAAGUUUAACGUCUAUUAUUGUUGGAGAAGAAAAGUUCUGUUUGUUUUGUUCCACAUAAACCUGUUGGCUUUGAGGAACGAUAUCAUGUUUUUUUUUUCUUUUCACGAUGUAUAUAAAAACAUUUUAAACCUUCACAAAGUCUAAAAACAAAUUGCAUCUCAAACGACGUCGACAUGAGUUUUGUAUCUCUAACUCACUCUUUCUUAAUUACAUUUUUGAAGCUGUGAGGCCUAAAAUGAUGGAGCAGAAAAACAACAACAGUUCUGUUGAUAUGCAAUUGUUAUACAUACUAUAUUUGUACAAAUAAAUCUAUGUGCUUGUGUAAA